AUGAGUGAACGUGGUACGAGGAGAUCGACUAGGAUCAGUCGUCAAGUGACUGAGCCGGUCGCUGUUCAGGAAGAUCAGGAGGAUACAGACGCGUUAAAUGUGAUUCAACCACAUGUAAAGAGACAGAAAAUUGAAGACACUGGAAGGGAGUACCCCGAAUGGUACAAAUGGUUAAGUGAUGAGACACUGGUUCAAUUGGCGAGACAUCCAUUGGACACAGUGGAUGCCAUUGAAUUGAGGUUCGAUACAUUGUCAAAUGUUAGAACUAGUUGGGAAUAUCAAUACGUUAUUACUUGGAUUUAUAAUGUAUCUGAAUCGUUUGUGACUAAACAAAUAUACCCGGGAGGGAAAUCAAUGUGGAAGACAGUCAAUUUUGAUGAAAUUUUGUUUAUGAAGGAUUUUUUAACUUUAUUAGAGACUGGUACAGAUGAUUUUAAUAUUGAAGAAGAACAAGAUGACGAGGAAGAAGUAGAUGAAAGUAAAAUGAAUUUAUAUGAACUAGUAAGACUUUCAUUGUUAAGACAAUUAGGGAAUAAUAAAUCGAUCGAAUUGAGAGAAUGGGAUACUUUGAUUAAAGAAUCAUUUGAUGGCGUAAAUUAUAAUUCUAAAUUUAUUUCUUUACCAUUAGAUAAACAAUUUGAAAUCUUUUUAAAAAUUAUUAAACAAAUUGAAUCCAAAAAUAUGGUCUUUAAAAAUUUUAUUGCUAAUAAUAUGGAAUUAUUCAAUUUCAUUAAAUUGAAAGAAAAUGAUAAUGAAAAUAUAUUGUUUAUGACUUACCCAGUAUCGAUUGUCAAACAAACAUUCACCCAUAUAGAUUCAAAGGAUUCUUCUUUACAUGUUCCAAUUAUGUUAAAGAAUUGUACGGUAUCAUAUGAGGAUUCCAAUGGUCAAAUCGAUUUGGAACAUUUGGAUUAUUCAAAAGAAAUAGAUUCUUAUUUGAAAAAUAUUAUUAUCACUAACGAAGUCUUAAGUUAUAAUUUUUCAACAUUUUUGAAAACCUUCCAAGAUUUUAAAUUAAUUUUCAAAGGUAACAACAACAAAAAGCAAUCUUCUGAUAUAAAGAAAAUCGUCGACUCUUUUGAAAGUUCCUUCGAAUGGGUCGUUCUAGCUAGAAUCAAUUCUGCUAAAUUGUUAUUACAAAGAGUGAAAAAUCAAUCCAUGAGACAAUUGAUGACAAGAAGAAAACGGUCAACAAGAUUGAUCGAGAAAGAAGAAGAGACUAAGAAAAAAGUUGCAGAGAAUCAUUUGGAAGAUAAGAUUGAUCAUAGACAAACGUUUUUGAAAUUAAGAAAAAGAACAGUAGCCAAAAUUAUCAAACGUUGUAAAGAAAAUAUGUGGAAUCAAUUAUGGGCAAAAUUCGAACAAGAUUGUAAAAUAGAGAAAAAAUCAUCCAAAUGGAAUAUGAAUGAAGUUGAUGAAAAUGUAACAAUAGAAUCACCAUUGAAUCUAAUUGAUAAAUAUGUCUUACCAAAUGGUUUAAAUUAUAACACUAAGAUCAUUAUCACUGACUUGAUAACUGAAAAGAAUUCAUUAUCCCAACAUGAACAAAUCGAAGAAUUGCCUACAAGUUUAUGUAUCACUGAGCCAGAUAUCGUUGAGGCCAAUCAGUUAGGAAUGGGACCUGAGAUUGAACAAAUAGAUAAUCAAAAUGAUUGGAUGUUUCAAUGUACUUGUAUGACUGAUAAAAAGACUACUGAGCCACCUGGUACUAUGGAAGUUACUGCUACUAUACCUAUUGUGAAAAAUGAACCUAUUAUAAUUCAUCAAAAUGAUGGUGAAGAAAUCAAUCUGGAGAAAUUCCAUAAAUUGGAUAUUUUGAAUAGACCUAUCAUAUGUUGUGACGUAUGUCAUAAAUGGCAACAUUGGGAAUGUCAAGAACAGUCUCUUGUGGAUUUACUUUCAUUUGUCUCUGUGCAUUCAAAGAAGGAUCUAGAUAAUAUGAAAUUCUUAACACAACGUGAUUUUGGCACUGUCACAUACGAUAAGAAUGAACCACAUCAUAGUGCAACCAGAAGAACCUCACGUAGACAGCAUCAGGAGGAAGAAACAGAACAUAAUGAACUAAAUGCAAUGAGACCAGUCGAUAGAAGAACACAAUUCGGUGAAUGUGCUGUCUUUGUUUGUCCAAUGUGUUUGGGAGAAAUAGAGCAAGAGUUACGUGGCACAUUUGAACCAGAAUUAACUAUCGUGAGAGCCAAACAAAAGAAGCAACAUGAUGAUCGUGAAAGAAGAAAGGCAAAGAAAUUGUUGGAGAAACAACAAGCUUUGUCUAAUGCUAGUAUUACUACUGCUGCUGCUGCUUCUGCUGCUACCACACCUGUACAGAAUCAUAAACCAGUUAUGGCUACGUUUUCAACUGGCUUGCAGAACGCUAGUAUAGUGGAAACAAUAACCAACAACGAUAAACCAGUCAUUAUCUCACAACAGCCAGUAACCCAAACAUAUAACUCCGGUAACCCACCAACCCAACCACAACUAUGA